CUGGUCACGCGUGGCCGACCUUUAUAAGGGAUGCCCUCGGGGCCUCGUUAACAAAGCACCCACGCACGACGGCUACCAACCAACGCCAGAUUCACGGACUCCCGUAAUACGCGAACGCGAGACGAUCGAUUCUCGGUUGGUUUGUUUUAGAUCCGACCAGCGGCAAUACAUGGCGCACGGGCAGGAGUCGUCGACGGAGGCCGCCGCCGGUGGGGGCGCACCGCUGUGCGCGAACGGCUGCGGGUUCUACGGGAGCGAGGCGACCAAGGGCAUGUGCUCCAAGUGCUACCGCGACCACCUCAAGUCCACCGAUGUGGCUGCCCCCGUCGUCGAGGGGAAGAUCAAUGCCGACGACCUCGUCCUCGCCUUCAAGACGUCGGUGAGCCUGCAGGACUCUGCCGCUGCAAUUACUGCUGAGGCGGGACCGGCGGCGAAGAAGGCGGCGCCGACCAGGUGCAUGGCGUGCAACAAGAAGGUGGGGCUGCUGGGGUUCGCGUGCCGCUGCGGUGGCACCUUCUGCUCGCUGCACCGGUACGUGGACGGGCACGCGUGCGGCUUCGACUACAAGAAGGUCGGCCGGGAGCAGAUCGCGCAGCAGAACCCUCUCGUCGCGCCGUCCAAGUUCCACAACAAGAUUUGAAGGCAGGAAGAGUUGGAAACAUAUGUAUACAGUUUUAGUUUACUCGUUGGCUUUA